AUGAAAUAUAACAUCGGACUCGAAGGAUCUGAUAAGACGCUUUUAACACUUGGAACAUUACUUUGGAAAUCUGGACGUUAUGAUCAAACUGAACAAUUUUACCAUCGAAUAUUAGAACAAACCAAAUCGAAUGAUAAUUUUACACAAUAUUGUUAUCAAGGAUUAAGUGUUGUUGCUGCAGUCAAAGGUGAUCUUGAUAGUGGUCUUAUGUGA